AUAUAAAUCAUGGGCGCCGCCAUAUUGGAAUGGUCAAUGUAACGAUUGAUAGAAUUUACGGAGACACCGGUCUAGAAAACGACCUGGUUGGCCUGAGUUUACAAUAUGUUACGGCCACCAGCUGCCUUGUUCAGAAUGUUACCAUGGCAACAUUUACGUGCCCAGCAGAGGGGCAUGCCUGCAUUUCUUGCUACUGCAGCAUCUGGAAAGACAGAAACAAGGGCAGUAAUCUUUGAUAUGGGAGGAGUUAUCUUGCCUUCUCCAAUGCUAAUAUUUCAAGACUUUGAAAGGCAAAAUAACUUGCCUGAUGGGUUGAUAUUGAAGACAAUUUUGUCUGACAAAACUAAUGGAGCAUGGACAAGAAUGGAGGAAGGACGUCUUAACUUGUCCGAAUUUGCUAAAGUUUUCAGUGAAGAGUGCUCCAAACAGCUUGGCAAGUCCGUGGACAUGUCGGAUCUUAUGCCACGAUUUAGCAAGUUCGCAGUCACGCCAUUCCCGCAGAUGAUAGAUGCUAUAAAGUGUGUACGAGCAGAAGGACUUAAAACAGCACUUCUUACCAACAACUGGUUCAACCUAGAUAGCCAACAGACAUAUAUACCUCUUGAUCUGUCCAUGUUUGAUGUGGUAGUAGAAUCAUGUAAAGUUGGAUACCGGAAGCCUAACCCUAAGAUAUACGAGAUAGUAUUGAAGGAGUUAGAUCUGCCCGGUGAACAAUGCGUGUUCCUUGAUGACAUGGGAGGCAAUCUGAAAGCAGCCAAAGAGUUUGGUAUUAAAACUAUCAAG